AUGAUGGUUCAGGGGGGCCCAGCUCACUUGUUCCCGCCCCAGUUCGCCGUGCCCACCGAAGCCCACCUGGCCCCAGGCGUCAACGGCACUACAAGCUUGCUGCCUCAGGGGAACGGCGUCAGCACUCCAGCGCCCGCCAGCGACACCACCAUGCAUGCGCAACCACCCUCGACUCUAGGCAAGAGGAAAGCAGAGACGCAAGACAAUCAACGGCUUUCGAAGCGCUUGAGUCUGCUUAAUCUAGGUAUGGAAGAAAUUCCAACUCCAUCCAUUUUUCUUUCUGGCUUUUAUCUAACAUGGGGUAAUCUCACAGAACAAUCCGGCAAUAAGCUCUAUGUUCCCGUUGAAACACCUCAUCAACCCAGCGCAACUCGCGCAACACCAUCUACCUCCCAGCCCUCCGAACACAUGGAACUAGAUGACUCUAAACAUAAAGUAUACAUCUACAACUUAGACGACGAGCUCUCAUCCGAAAGCGAGGACGAGGAAGGAAAACUCGUCUUCUUACCCGACAUCGAGAAACACCUUCGUGAAACCCGUAUCCCCAAACAGGUCCUGGCAAAUCGCGACGGAGAGCUCGCAGGCAUGCAGCUAGUCCUGUACAAGGAUCCGACGUCGUUGUCAGUGCCGCAAGAGGAGGAUAGUGUACGGAGGGCUGUUCUAGAGGCCAGGCAGCGAAUGAGAGAGAAGCAGAAACUCGAGCAGAAGGGUGCCGCAACCACUACUACCGGUGCCAGCUACGGUGAGGACGGUGAAGCAAUGGACAUGGAUUGA